AUUUUUCACCUUCGCCACACCACUCACAAGCUCUCCACUUGAGGAAGAGAAGAGAAAAGAACCCACCAGUCUCGGGGAAAUCCUUCUGGCGCUCCAGGCCUUAGGAAUUCCGGCGAAUUCUACCCGAGGAACUCACCAGCAAAUGAGUGGGAGGUGCUCGUUUUAUGGCAGAAUCAGUCCAGUGAAGGAGAGGAAUUUCGGCGACUGCCAAGCUAUCGACGAUUGCUUAGUGUUUCAGCCGGGUUCUGCACUUGUUGUCAGGUAAACCCGGGGGAAUCAAGCAAUUUGAGGAUUUUUUCGACUAUUCCGCGGCAAUUCGAGUUGUUGGGAGCGGGAGAAAUGGAGAACAGGGAACUGAGGAGGAGGGUGGACGAGGAGUUGGCUCGCGGGGAGGAGUGCAUGAGGCGGCUGCAGAGGAGCAUGGAUGAGCAGGGGACGAGCAGGCCCGAGUUGAGGGACUUGCUGGCGAGGGAUGUCUUGACAUCACUCGCAAACGUUCGCUGUCUCCUCAAAUCCGAGGAGUCGUGGAGUGCGGAGCCGCCUCCUGUGGCGGCAGGGGUGACGGAGUCGCCGCGCUCGAUUUGCAGCAGCCCGCUGGGCGAUUUUUACGACAAGAAUUCCGGCACGGUCUUUGGGGACCAGGAGCGCCGGGAAGUUCGCAAGAAGAGGAAGACGCUGCCCAAAUGGACGGAGCAAGUGUGCAUUAAUGGGGAGACAGGGCCAGAGGGGCUGCUGGAUGACGGGUAUAGCUGGAGGAAGUAUGGCCAGAAAGACAUCCUUGGUGCUAAAUACCCAAGAGCGUACUAUAGGUGUACACACAAGUACACUCAAGCAUGUGAAGCGGCCAAGUUGGUCCAGAGAUCUGAUCAGAACCCAUCGGUCUUUGACAUCACCUACCGCGGCAAACACACCUGCAACCAAUCGGUUCAGCCAUUACCCCCCGCAGCGACCUUUCAAGAAACUCAGCACCAGCAGCAACAGCCGCCUCUUGACCAGCUACAGUUCCAGCCACAGCUGCUGUUGAACUUCAAGUCUGAGCUCAAGGUCAAAACCGAGGGCCUCGAUGCGGAGGCGAAGCCAACCUCGGAAGCAAGCUUCUCCUUCCCCCUGACGCCGGAAAACCAGCAAGAGCAGCAGCAACACUCGUUUGAUCAGCUGAUAAGCUCCGUGUCGCCUUCCUUUGUCUCUCCGGCCACAACCUCCGACUCCAACUACUACAUCUUCCCCUGCGGCAUGGAGAAUCCCCACCUCCACGCCUCGGAAUCUGACCUCACCGACAUCAUAUCGGCCGCGACGUCUGCAACCAACUCCCCCAUCGUCGACUUAGACUUCCCCCUAGAAUCCUUGGAGCUCUCUCACGAUCUCUCCUUCGACGUCGGAGAGUACUUCUAGUCUGAUCAGAUGGAAAGAAAUUAAGCCGUUUCUUUUCGCUUAAAUGGAAAUCCAGUGAACUGAAUCCCCCUUUUGGCACCGCCGUUUUAGUUUUCUGUUGAGGUCUAGUUCGUAGGGACGCUCGAAUCCUCGAUCUUUGGUCUGUUAAUGGUGCUGCAGAGUACUGUAACCCGAAUAGGCUGAAACACCCGCCCUAGUAGAUGUACAGUAGUAGAUCUGUGUUCCCGUAGCAGAAAUAAAUUCCUGAAAAAUGAGUUCAUCCCUUGUCCGGUUUUUCUUACAUUUAAUGUUUAAAUGUAAACUGCAGUUUGCUUUUCUAUAGAACUGAAGAUAAGACUUCAUGUUGA